UCAGCGCCCCUCGCCGGUUUUUCUCUCCGUGGUCUCUGCCGCCAUCUGCCGCUAACAGACAAAGCGCGGGAUAUCGGCCGGUUCUAUUCGCUCUCAGCAUUGGGCAUACUUAACUUUACUGUACCAAUUUGCCAUUUUCCUUGCAAAGGACAUUUCCUUGUAAUCUGCAGUAAUGUCGGAUUCAGAAACUGGUGGUGACUCGACCAAGCGUGGCCGUGGCCGACCUAAGAAAUCUAUGGAGCCAAGAAGUGAAAGCAAGGAUAGUGGUACUGAUGAGCCUAAAGCAAAGAGGGGACGUGGAAGACCAAAGGGUACAGCCAACAAGAAGGCAAAGAAGACUACCAGUAGCAGUAGCUCUGGAGGAUCAUCAAAACGUGGUCGUGGCAGGCCCAAGAAGAGUGAGCCUAAAGAUUCAAAGAAUUCAUCAGAUCAAGGAGAUUCUGGUGAUGAUAAGGACGAUUAAAAGUCUGGCCAAAUUAUGGUUUGUGAGGAGUCAGCUUUUGAUCUGAAGCACUUCGGCUAGUUGUUCUUAAAAUGAUUGCAAUCAAUGAGUUUUACUGUCCUUUUUUUGUAAUCGACUAAAACAAAAAGAGCAACACCCUUCUCACAAACCAUUUUAUAUGUAACAGUACAAGUCUUAAUCAUUGUUUUUAUUUUAUAAACAUUAUCAUCCUUAAAUCUGUCUGCAGCAGUCCUCCUGGAGGUGUGGCGGGGUGACUGUUUCAUCAUCAGACUUAAACUCAUCCCUAGUUCGAAAACAUGUCUCAUGAAAUGCAUAGUUUUAAAGCCAUAAUGAAUUUAAGCUUCACCAUUUCUAGCAUAUAUGUCUGUCAUUGUAGUCAUUUUUCAUGCUUGCCAGUUGUGUUUAGUGUUUUGCCUGCCUAGUUGGUUUUUAAAUUGAGAUGCUUUUUGUGCAUUUUUCUUUUCCUUCACCAGUUUUACUGAUUUUUUGGACCCGUAAAAUGUAUUAUAACCUUUUAUUUAAUUAUGUGCUUUGCUGCAGACACAAAGCCAUUGAUAAUAUCAUAGUAUUAACUCAGUGUUGUGUGCAUUUUUUGUUUCAAGUAGCCAUUGUGUGAAGUGAUGCAUUUGUCAAUAAAGCAUUUUCUUUAAUUUC